AUGUUCAAAAAUGAGUAUCAGGGUGGCCCAUUCGUUGAAAUCUUCAGUGCUCAAGGCAAGAAUCCUGGAGCAAAAUGGAAGAUUUUUGGUAGUCCAUCAGUAAUUGGGAAAGAGUUCGAUAAGGAAGUGAAGGGCUUCGUAUUUGUUCUAGAAGGAAGCAGUCAAACCAACAAGAUGCAACUUCCUAAGGAAAUGAGGCAAACUCUUGGACUGAUCCAGCAGUUUUUGGUACUUCAGAUUUAUGUGCCUUUGGGGCAAGACUUCUCUACUGAAUUGCUGAUAACUGAUUUAGGAAACAUUAAAAGAAGAUUGUAUUUAUCAACGGUCCACAAGGAAUUGUCUGUAACUCCUCUACAUGCAAAAAUUCCUCUCUUUAUGAUCAAGCGCAAAAUUUGGUGCAAUCUAUGCAUUGACCUGGUAGAGUUCACCAGUGAGAUAUUCAAAGGAGCUGUUUUUCAGUCCUUGGAUGGCAUUAUUGUCUCGGCUAACUGUAAGCUGCGAAAGAUCUUCUCGCUGAAGUCAAAGCCCUUGGACACAGCUGAAGAAGAUGUUGAUGGGCCAACAGAUACAAUUCCACGAGCCUGUCAGUUAAAUUCAGAUGUGCCACAAAUCACACAGUUGCUGAAUAUGAAUAAGCUGCGCCUAUCUGAUCACAAAUGUGGCAGUCGGCCCUUCACCUCAACAGGAUCAGUAGAUCAUAUAAUGAUCCGGGGAUCAACCACUGCACGAAACACUAAAAAUCAGGAUGUCUCCCACAUUGCAUUUGGAUCUAAGGUCCUUGGGCCACCUCCACCUUCAGGCCGAAGGUUCACCACAAGGGCAUCUGGGGAAGUAACAAAAUCUGGGACCAUCAGAACUAACAGGUCAUGCCAACACUCAGUUUUGGAAAAGGGAAGGGAUACAGUGCAAGACACUGGUAGGUCUGAACAAUCCCUCUCACCGUCUGAUGAGGCUGUGAUUCAAGGAAACAAAGAUAAUAUUCGCCACACGACUCGGACUUCACUGGAAAAGGAUGAAUGGAUAUUCCCUAACAAGGAGAGUCCUCAACUGGAUUCCGGCAAUCAGUCACUAGUGGCUUCUGAAACAUCUUGUAGCUUUUUAACCUCAGCACUGAGAGAUGACCAAGCACAUGAAAGCAAACAAACAUCAGAAGACCAGCACAAGGACAUUUUUACCUUUUCCUCAAAACCCAGAUCACCACCUCAUGGGAAGCCCUUGAACCUGUCGUCAGAAAGCUGUAGCUUUUCUGUGGACUUGAAAGAAGAGAGCAGCAGUAUGUGGCGAGGAGCCCAAAUGGAAGAUGACUUUUAUGGAAGCGAGAGCAGCAAAGAGGAUGAUAGCUACAUUGAAUUUGAGCAAGAAGUUCCAAGUAUUCAGACAAAACACUUCAUAUCAAGGUCAUCAGAACCAGUAAUUACUAAAGAAAUUCCAGUGAAAAUUACAUCUACGAGCCCUGAACACUGGGCAAAUAAUCGGUAUUCCAAGCACAGCAGUGAAGAAGACUUGCCACUAAGAACAGGAAAUUUGGCUGUGAUGACCGAAAAAGCAGAUAAAGAUCAAAGAAGCUUUUUGCCUACUCCCUGCUUGUGCCCACCUAGAAGCAUACCUGAGCCCUGCAAAGGAAUAUCUGACAGGGGGAUUUCAAGCAGUCCAUUGAGAACUUCCAUAAGUAGAAAAUCCCUCAAAGAGAUCCCAAGUGAUAAUUCAAAUCUGGAAGUGCAAAAUCAUGAAUACAACUGGAGGAACUACCAGCCAGGUAGCAUGAGUGCUUCUGAACUGCAAAUGUUGGCGAGUAUGAAGAGGCAACAGAACGAAGAGCUGGAAAAUAGCGGACCUUCUCAUGGGCUGAGCGCAUCUCAAAUUGACAAUUGUAAUAUCAGCAUCAGCACAAGCAGUGACGACACGGCAACUUGGAACUCAUGUCUCCCAGCGCCAAUCAAUCAAGGGUGUCACUAUCAGAAAGAGAUGAACCCUCUCUCCCAUUCCAACCCACGGGACUGGCUAAAUGUGUUCAGCCCUCCUAUUAUUCCUCCAAGCCAGCAGUUGGCAGGACAUGCUGAAAUGGCAGCAGAUUUGAUCCCUCAAGGUCAAGACGACUUGGUGGCUGAGGAAGAUGAAGUCCUGACUCUCUUGUAUGACCCAUGCCUAAACUGCUAUUUUGAUCCCGAAACUGGGAAGUACUAUGAACUGGCAUAG